UGGACUGUCAUCCGAAUAAUAUUCCAAGAUUUCAUUCUUCCAAUUUAUAAUCCAAGUUAAAACUCUUAUUCCUCUGUCUGAAUAUCACCAUUCUUUCUUCCUUUGGUCGUUAUUGAGAUCCAAUACAAUCUCUACUUUUGGGUAAGUUUUUGCACUCAAUUUCCUUAUUUAAUUCUGAUAUAAAGUUCAUUUGAGAUAACAAUAAUAAUAUAUAUUUCUUGACAAUUUAUAUAUCGUGAUAUAAUUAGCUAAUAGUAUAAGGUCGAUUUCACGCCUGCCUAUAGCUAAGAAGAUGAAGUUGGUUCGCUUAAAUUUCUAGUUCAAUUUUUGCCCAGUUUAUUUUCUUUCAUAGCUACACUAGUUUCUUCAUAUUCUAUAAAUAAGCAUUUUAUAAUCACAUUCGUUGGUCCUCAAAUCCUUUUUAACAAAGUGAGGUUUAUAAUUUUUUUAACAAAAUGUAUUUAUUUAUCUUGUCAUUGCUCAUCAAGUUAAUAAUUCAAUGAUUGAAUGUUUAUCCCAUGUUACGUAAAGAUGAGAAUUUAAAUAUGUAUUUAUCUUAAAUUAUUUAUUGUAAAUCUUUCCGCCUCUUCUAUAUAAUUUUGUUUUAAAAAAAUUAAAAAAAAAAAAAUCCUUGCUCCCAUCUUAUAGAAGUCCAUAAUCCUUUUAUUUUGGUUUUCAUUUCCUCCAUUUAAUUUGAAAGAAUGUCUUUUGUUUUGCUUGAUGUCCCUACCACCUUGAGCAAAUCCUGCAAAAGACGGCAUUUAGCGUUUCUCGCUAUUUAUUGCUCUAGAACCAUAUACUCUCUAGCCAAGAAAAGGGCCAGCAAAAUUUCCCUAUCUCCAUCUUACACUGUACUAAAUAUUAAGCCCGAUCGCAACUACUUCAAUCUUGAUCAAGAUAGUCUCACUGAGCUCGUGAAAACGAAAAAUCUCAACAAGCUACUGCGCACAUUUGGAGGCACUGAUGGAGUAGCUUCUGCUAUUCAUACAAACGUAGAGGAUGGCAUAUAUGGCGGCGCAGAGGACAUCGCCCAACGGCAGGAAGCAUUCGGUUCCAACACGUAUAAGAAACCGCCAUCAAAGAGCUUUUUCCAUUUUGUGGUAGAAGCUUUCAAAGAUCCAACCAUUGCUAUUCUCUUGGGCUGUGCAGCGCUUUCUCUUGGCUUCGGCAUUAAGGAACACGGUCUGAAGGAAGGUUGGUAUGAUGGCGGCAGCAUUUUUGUUGCUGUGUUUCUUGUCAUCGCUGUCUCUGCUGUAAGCAAUUACAGGCAAAAUAGACAAUUUGACAAGUUGUCCAAAGUCAGCAGAAAUAUCCAAAUUGAUGUUGUGAGACGAGGUCGGCGACAACGGGUUUCAAUAGUUGAACUUGUUGUCGGAGAUGUUGUCUGCCUCAACAUUGGAGACCAAGUCCCUGCUGAUGGAUUGUUCAUAGGUGGGCAUUCCUUGCAAGUUGACGAAUCCAUCAUGACAGGGGAAAGCGAAAAUGUCCAAGUUAAUCACAACGAAAAUCCUUUCCUCUUCUCCGGCACCAAGGUUGCUGAUGGCUAUGGCAGAAUGCUCGUUACAUCAGUAGGAAUGAACACUACAUGGGGUAAAAUGAUGAGCCAUAUCAGCAGCGACACCAAUGAGCAGACACCUUUGCAGGAGAGGCUUAAUGAGCUGACCUCAUCAAUAGGCAAGGUCGGCCUGGCUGUUGCUUUCCUUGUUCUUGUAGUCUUGUUGGUUCGCUACUUCACAGGGAAUACACAAGAUGAGAAUGGUAAUAAAGAGUUCAAUAGCAGCAAGACAAAGGCAGAUGAUAUAGUGAAUGCUGUGGUGGGAAUUGUAGCAGCUGCAGUCACAAUUGUUGUAGUUGCAAUCCCAGAAGGAUUGCCAUUGGCUGUUACACUCACUCUGGCUUUUUCGAUGAAGAGAAUGAUGGCUGAUCAAGCGAUGGUGAGGAAGCUCUCUGCAUGUGAGACUAUGGGCUCUGCCACCACAAUUUGUACCGAUAAAACUGGCACUCUUACAAUGAACCUGAUGAAGGUAACAAAAUUUUGGCUAGGCCUCGAUUCAAGUGAACAGAGCACCACUUCUUCAAUUUCCCCAUAUGUUAUUGAAUUGAUCAAACAAGGAGUUGCCUUCAACACAACAGGCAGUGUCUACAGAGCUACUCCAGAAUCUGAAUUUGAGUUCUCAGGUAGCCCCACAGAAAAAGCAAUUCUUUCUUGGGCCACCCAGUACUUGGAAAUGGAUAUGGUGGAUAUGAAACAGAGUUGUACAAUUCUCCACGUUGAGGCCUUCAACUCAACAAAGAAAAGGAGUGGGGUCCUGAUGAGGAAAAUGCUAGAUAACACAAUCCAUGUGCACUGGAAAGGAGCUGCAGAGAUGAUGUUAGCAAUGUGCUCAAGUUACUAUGCUCCUUCCGGUAAAAUUAAAGAUCUGGGUGAUAGUGAAAGGAACAUUUUCAAGCAAAUAAUUCAAGGCAUGGCGGCUGGCAGCCUUCGUUGCAUUGCAUUUGCACAUAAACAAAUAUCACAAAACCAUUGUGAAAAUGGAAUACAAGAGAGCAAGCUCAUAGAGGACAACUUGACCCUCCUAGGACUGGUAGGUAUAAAGGACCCAUGUAGACCUGGCGUGAAGAAAGCUAUUGAAGAUUGUCGACAUGCUGGAGUGAACAUCAAAAUGAUCACAGGUGACAAUGUUUUCACAGCAAGAGCUAUAGCCAUUGAAUGUGGGAUACUCAAGCCUGAUCAAGAUAUGUUCAGUGGAGCAGUAGUAGAUGGGGAAGAAUUUCGAAACUAUACACCUGAUGAAAGAAUGGAGAAAGUUGAUAGCAUAUGCGUGAUAGCGAGAUCUUCUCCUUUUGACAAACUUCUCAUGGUUCAUUGCCUCAAACAAAAGGGCCAAGUGGUGGCAGUCACUGGGGAUGGCACUAAUGAUGCACCAGCAUUGAAGGACGCAGAUAUUGGACUGUCUAUGGGAAUUCAGGGCUCUGAAGUAGCAAAGGAAAGCUCAGACAUUGUCAUUUUGGACGAUAAUUUUGCUUCUGUGGCCACAGUUUUGAUGUGGGGAAGAUGUGUCUACACCAAUAUACAAAAAUUUAUUCAGUUCCAGCUCACCGUAAAUGUUGCGGCCCUCGUAAUCAAUUUCGUGGCAGCGGUUUCAGCUGGUGAAGUUCCAUUGACAGCAGUCCAGCUACUGUGGGUGAAUUUGAUCAUGGACACACUUGGUGCUCUGGCUCUGGCUACAGAACAACCAACCAAAGAGCUCAUGGAUAAACCGCCCGUGGGCAGAACUGAGCCACUUAUCACCAACAUUAUGUGGAGGAAUCUAUUGGCACAAGCUUUGUAUCAGAUAGUUGUUCUCUUGACACUUCAAUUCAAAGGCGAAUCCAUUUUUGGAGUGGCAGAGAGGGUAAAGGACACUCUGAUCUUCAAUACUUUCGUUCUGUGCCAAGUGUUUAAUGAAUUCAACGCAAGGAAGCUGGCGAAGAAGAAUGUGUUCAAGGGGAUACAUAAGAACAAGUUGUUCUUGGGUAUCAUUGGGGUAACCAUAGUCCUUCAGGUGCUGAUGGUGGAGUUUCUGAAGAAGUUCGCAGACACAGAGAGGUUGAAUUGGGGCCAAUGGGUUGCAUGCAUUGGUAUGGCAGCCGUCUCCUGGCCAAUUGGUUGGGUUGUCAAGAGUUUACCUGUGCCGGAGAAACCCAUAUUCAGCUAUAUCAAGCGGAGGAAAUAGAAUUUCUAAUGUUAUUCUUUUUUCUUGGGAUAAAUAAAAGUUCGGAUUAUCAUUUCCUGUAUUGAUCUUAUAAUUUCGUGUAAGAAAAUGUUGUAUUUACAUCAGAUUUUAAAUUUU